AUGACUGAACAACAGUUACCUAAUCACAGUAAAGACUGGCAAGAUCUACCCCCAAUUGACGCUCUCCUGGAUCAUGAUGAUGAUGAUGAUGACGAUGAUUUGGAUUCUGCGUGUGCUUUGAAUCAAGAUCCGUCCCUCUGCCAUAUGAAGGAUCACAUCGAUCUUCAUUCGACCCUGUAUCAUCAGCAUGUCUUGACAGCCAAUCGUUCCAUGCCAGCCUCUUUGAAUAGAGAUCCAAACAAGAUGUCAGAAUCAAGCAGUUCAAAAUCCAAACUGAAGGCCAUGUCAGAUACUGGCACUAUCACUGUUGUGACCAAAACUACUACCACAAUUACCGGAUUUCCUGUCGCAGGUGUUUCGUCUCGACGAUUCGAUACCAUGGUACGACGUGUUGCACAACAAGCAUCUUCCCCAAACAUUAGCAGCAGUGACAGCAGCAGUAGCAGCAGUGACGAAAAAGACAGCGAUGCAGACAUGUUUACCAUGGACUCGAGAUCUAAGGUCACGCCAUCUUCUCUCUCACCUGCCAGACAAAAGCAUAGAUUCUCUCGCUCUUACCAGCAUCAUGCAUCAUCCACCACUGCCAGCACAUCAACGCAUCCACAAGUUGUAUCUCAAUCUACCAGAACCCCAAAGAUCCUGAAACCAAAAUCAACGGAAAAGACCGCAAUGGCAAAGAACAACCGAACCACCACCUCUUAUGAUGCAGAAACUACUGCCUAUCUGAGAAAGGCUUUCUUCAACUAUUACAGCAAGCAGUGCAAAUUGACCCGAGAACAGCGAGAGGCAGUGAUUCGAGAGACAGGUUUGCGUUCUCGCAACAUCACAUACUGGUUCUCCAACCAUAAGCGAAGGUUAGGCACAGAACUUGCCAUCUAUCGAAAAUUAACCAGGGAGCAUAAGAUUCAAGAUUAUGAUGCGUUUGUACAGUGGCGACAAGACCAAGAGUUACCAACCUACAUUACGCGAGAAGAAGUCAGGUUGUUCACAGCAUCGCAGUAG